GAUCGUAUUGGCUGGGUGUUGCACGCACACACACUGUCUGCAAUGUUUAGAUUCCACACUUGACAAAGGGUUUCUGUUGUUUGUUGUUUGUUAUAUUUGUUUCCGCGUUUUUCUAUGCAACUCUUCCCCCAAAACAGAAUAAUAUUUCCCUAGUGUCUACGAGUACAAUGCUAAACUAUGUAUGUUAAAAAAAGCCUCUACUACUUCUACUACAUUUACAUCUUUCCUCUCAAUGUUUUCACCACAGCUGGAACGCCAGUCAAAUUGAAGCAAUAUUUAAUUGAUGUUGGUAAGAAUUUAACAUUGCCAUGUCCAGUGCUGAAAAGCAGGGAUGUCAUGUGGAUCCGCGACGGCAGGAGCGAGGAUGAGCAGGCGCCGAGAUUGAGUAUACAGGAGGAUGGAUCUCUGUUCCUCCAGGAAGUCGACAAGAAUGAUUCGGGGAUUUACACCUGCACCCCUUCGAAUUCGCUUAACGAGGAGCAGAGCUCCAAAAUGAAAGUAAUCGUCAGAACGCCUCCGCCUCCCCUCAUCGAUGUACAAGUGCACCAGAGCACGAUUUUGGCUGUUAUACUUUGGGGUGUCAGCGGCACAGGAGGAUACCCCAUCAUCUACUUCACUGCCCAGUUCAGGUUGGCCGACUCAGACUCCGAAUGGCUCGACAUUACUCCCAUCCACAUACCACCGAAUGCGCGCCAAAUCGAUGUCUACAAGCUGGAGGCAAAUACGACGUACGCGUUCCGAGUUUGGGCUACCAAUCAUUUAGGGAACAGCGAAAUCACAGUCGUUUAUUCCACCACGAAAGUAUCAAACGAAACGGCCGAUGAAGAUAGUUUAAGACUUAGAGAAUUGGAGAGGCAUUUUUUGCAAGGUGUAAAGAAUUUCGACACUCGUAUAUGGGUGGUUGCCGUGGGCGUAGUCAUGGGCACAUUGGUCGUUCUGGGAUUCGGAACUUGUUUCCUUUUGUACCAAGAGUGCCGAGCACCUAGCGAUUGUUUCAAGUUGGGGUUAUGUGUUCAAGAAUCCGAUGACCAGGAGGUCAUCGAGCUUGUGCCGAACAUAAUACUGAAUCCCGGCUUCGAUGGUGACCACACCGAGCGCUUCCCAUCCGACGAGAACAGCAACAACGAGAGGACGACGAGGCUGAACAACAACACCGUCGUUCAUCCGCCGCCCAGUAUGAAUCUCUAGUUAAUGCUGAAACGGGUCUUUGAAAAUUUGGAGUUCGUCCGCGUCAAACGCUCCAAAUUUUCAAAGUCCUACGAUCACUGAUUCUGCUGUAGGUAACGAAAAAUCACCAUAUAUGAUACACACACUCUCAUCCUCGAAACCCGCACGCCUCGACAGAAAAGCAAUAUUCUUAAAGUAAAGUAAAAAAAAAAGAACCGAUCUGAACUCUCAGUGCGAAUGGCUUCCAAGACGGGGACUCUCGAUACUAGGAGAAAAGAAAAUGUGCCUCGUCUUUACUCGUAACGUGUUUUUAUUUUGUUGUUUGUUUAUUAAACGCAUUUUACUAGAUUUAAUGAAAUAUAUAAAAAAAAAGACACUCGUAGAGUUGUGAUACUAAAACUAAACAAAUCAAGGUUUCGUUUUUUGGCAAUCAAGCGACGAAAAAUUUCGGAGAAUAUAUAAAUAUAAAUAAACCUUGUGUUCACUAAAUAGUUACUGAUAACUUAAUAAUGUUUAAAGAAACAGAGGUUGUAUCAUUUGAAUUGUGCCUGAAAUGAAAGAAGAAUAUAAAUUUUAAAUAAAUUUAGAAAGCGGACUUAGGCAUUGUUGUAGCUCAAAUGGAAGAAAAAUGAAAAUUUUGAAUAAUUAAGUACAUAAUUA